CACGCACACACACACACACACGCACGUAUACACGCUCCCUCACGGGGUUUCACUCACUCGGACGAAGGCGGAGCGAAAGGACGGCUCCUCGUUGUCCCUCGUCACUGGCGUCGUGUGUGAAUCUUUUCCAGCCAAUUACCGGCCACAGUAUGGUACAAGUGUUGUAGACGAGAACCAGAAGAGAGAGAAAGGCGCGCGAAGAAGACGAAGAGGAAGGGGACGCUAAAGCAGUCAAGAUGGCAGGAGCGACGAAGAGAACCACGGUCUGUUUGACGACGGUGGCCAUUGUGUUCAUCGUCGUGAUCAUCAUCUUGUGCGUUGUGCCGAAACCCUGCAGGAAGGGCGAAGCCUGCUAUGACGAGGGAGAAGCGAAGAGUGCCGCCGCCUCCGGCGUCAUUACCGACACAACUACAACCCAGACCUCCACCACUAGGACUGAAACCACGUCAACUAAAACAAGUGAAGUUACUAGGCCUGUGACCACCACCAGUUCUUCCACCUCAACCUCUGUGUCCACUACAUCCUCUUCUGAAGCCAUGCCACCCGUAACCGAAGCAACUGUCACGGAAACCUCCAGUACUAAGCAUGCGUUUGAGACGUCGGACCUCGUUGAAACGACGCAUGUGACAAGGGCAGACGAGAAUACAACUGAGUCUGUAACAUUAACGGAUACAACUGCGGAGACAACGGAGACUGUGAUAAUAACGGAUACAAGUGCGGAGACAACUGAGGUUGUGACAAUAUCGGAUACAAGUGCGGAGACAACGGAGGAUGAAACAACAAUAACAACCACUGAAGAGAUUCCAACAACCACAGAGGAAUAUACUUUCACUUACAUGGAAGGGAGGGACUGUAACACUACUGCUUGCAGACGUCUGGCGGCGCGCAUGCUGGACAUGAUGGAUAAUGGAGAUAUCAGCCCCUGUGCGGACUUCUACCAGUACGCGUGUGGCGGUGUGGUGGACAACGGCUUCCUCAGACCCGAGAAUCCUCAGUACUAUGUCGAUAGAAUUAUUGGAGAAAAGCUUGCGUCAGUGCUUCCGGAUGACCCGGACUUAGGUGCUGCGAAGGUGUUCUUUGAUGGCUGUCUGCGGACGAGCAACCAGGGCGUGUUAGAACGACUGAGCGAUAGCAUGAAAGUCUUCUCGGCCCUUCAGUCCUUAAGCGACGCGAACAGCGGCUCGGGCACUUUUAAUCUGACCGAAACCUUGACUACGAUGAUGAAGAUGCAUUUCACUCCACUCUUCGACCUGACGUUAGACGUGGAUGGCGAGGAUCCGGACAAUUUCGUUCUCCGGCUUUCGCUCCCGACGUUCACUUCCCCUUUCGGCGAGAAUCUGGCGCACACGGUUUGCGUCGGGGAAUACCACUCCGAGCUGGCAGCCGCCAAACAGCGAGGUGGGGUCUUCGACUUGGACGAACAGUACGACAAGUACAACGAGUGUAUAAGAAAAGGCAAAGGCUCGAAUGCUCGCUACAUGAAAAUGAAGGAAAUGGUGAAGAACAUGGAUCUAAUAGGCAAUCAUACUGAAGUUAACAUGACGCAGAGGCUCAAUCAAGUCAUAAUCGACUUGGAUUUCUUCAUUCAGCCAAUUGUGCAGGAAUUUCCCGAGAAGUCAACAUUUCGCCUGCAUAAUUUGGAAAAGAAGUACGAUGCAAUGUCUUUGGCUGAGUUGAUGGAUUUGGAAGGAUUCAGCGAGAACAUCGACUGGUAUAAACUCGUAUCCGAUCUGCUGGGCAUCAGUGCCGAACCCAAGACCAUUAAGGUGCAGGUUUACUUCAAGGAUAGACUACAGAGAAUCAUCGAGCACGUUAACGAAAAUAUUUACGACGCAUCGAACAUUCAUGCCAUGUUCAUGAUGCUUUGGAGUGAACAGCUGUACAACGACUUCGUGGACCCCCUCGGGGUUGCCAUGGGCUCUCCCGAUUACUGCCUCCGCAUUGUCAAGAAUCUCAUGCACGACUUCUCGUCCUACCUGUACCUUGAAGCCUUGGGACCCAACAUCGACGAGUAUCAGCAGCAGAUCAACACAAUGGUCCGGCUGACGAAGAGGACGGCCGAAGAGCAGCUGAGGCGAGCGCAUCCUUCCUCGCCUGACAACUUGCUCAUCGAGAAGCUGCGCAAAAUGACCGGCGAGACGAUGGACCUCCAGACUUCUAAAAGCAUCCUGGCGCACGACAUGGCGAAGGUGAAUAGCACUGGGAACUUCAUUGAAGACUGCCGUUCACUUCUGUCACGGUACAGAUCAUACUUAUAUAGCAUGUAUGAAAGAGGCCCCUCCAAUCCUGAAGUUAUGUGGAAUCAGUUCCUUCUACCUUACAAAAGUUACGGUACCUACGUCUACGCCAUGAACAAAUUCUUGAUCCCGUACGGUGCCAUGGCACGCCCGCUCUUCUAUGGCGACGAUGUCCCCCAUUACAUCAACUUCGCUGGCAUUGGUCACAUGAUCGCACACGAGCUCAUGCACAGCUUUGACGGCACAGGUAUCUACUACGACGGCGAAAGAAGGAACCCGGACAAGAUCUCAGAGAGCCAAGCUUAUGUGCCUCAUACUGAGUGUCUGUCAGAAAAACUCAUUUACCCUCAGUAUGUUAAUACAACAGCUGAUCUCGACACAAACUUUACGCUGCCUCACCGCCUCGCCCUCAACGAGCUCCUCUCGGACUCCGCGGCCACCAGACUGGCUUGGGAGACUUACAUCUCCUUACUCACAGGCGUUGCAGCUCCUACAUCGUCGCCAAGCACACCCCUCACAGGUAUUUACACAGUAUGUUCUUUCGAAAGAGCAUAUCACACAGGGUAAUCUGUACACAUUUCCAAAACAUCUAAAUUGACGAAGCCUAGACAUACAGUACACUUCAUGAAGUUCCUUGGUUGCAUUCUCACACUUUUAUUGCUGGACGUGCCAUUGUAUAAAUAGCAAGAACCGAUUAUGUACAGACUAUUGCCACUUCGUU